UGGUCGACAGCCUGACAGCUUGACAGCCUCCCAUCGGAUCCAUGGGAACGACCCUCCUGGGGAUCGACACCAAGGAGCACUGCUUCGAAGCCCAGUUCCAUCCCAAGCGCCCUUUGCUGGCUUGUGCUUGCAUCACUGGCGAGGUGGAGCUUCAUCACUUCGAUCGGGAGAACCGUCACGUGGCAGUCCGAAGACGCUGGAUGCCGAAGACGCUCUCUGGUCGUUGGGCUGAAACGGUCAAUUCCAAAGUGGCAGAUAGUAUGCCAAAUGUUUUGUUUAUUCCAAUGGCCUCAUGUGAAGGCAGAUUUAUUGAUGCUUUGCACUCAUUUUGCGGAAUGAAGUCUUUGGCGGAAAAGCCACCAGAGCCAAAGUUCUCCGUGGCCCUCUUGAGAAUUCUAUCAUAUCAUAUAUCAUUCGUACUUCUAAGCAUAAUAUCAACUUGCAACUAUGCCCAAUUUAUGCGAUGUUUACAUAAAUUGUGUUCAUACAAGCAAAAGAAUAGAAACACCAAACAACAAAAAACCACCACAACGGGGGGCCGCUCAGCUCUGCGCGGGCCGCGAGGGUUCGCAGUUCACGACGCCACAGCAGUGAGAAGCAACGAUGGUCACUCCGGUCAUCCUUCUUUUCUUUCGCACUUCUGGUAAAAGAACACCAAAUCAGCAGAGCAGUGAGUUGUUUUCGUGUUGAUUCUUCCGAAAUGAUAUACUCUGAGAUAUAUACCCUGACCCUAGAGACCCUGACUCUGAGAUUCCUUUCUGAACGAAGACGUGCUUCGCCGAGCUUCGCUGAAGGGACCCACGAGCUGGCUCAAAGCAUCACCAGUGUGGGGCCCAGAUGGGUCCCUUGGGCGAAGCACAAGCCAAACAGUUGAAAAGAGGUAAAUACCAGGAUGAUCCAUGGUUUCAACAGCUCACUUGCCUUUUGUAUGCCUUUGUCUAUCUUUUUUACUUUUUCGAUCCGUAUCCACACAAAGUUGGCGAGGGGGUGUCCCUUUUCGCAUGACUUUGACGCAAGAGGUUGAAACAUCUACCUCUUGAUCAUCCUUCGAACUUUGAUGAUCUCCUGCAGCACCGUGAAAGCUCGUGUAUUGCCAGGUAAACAACUGCGUGCGGAAAUGCCAGGAACUCGUAUCCACCCUUUCAUGGAACGACUGAAGACCUACAUGUGGACAGUCUCACCCUCGGAACCCCUUCACUCGGACACCGAGGGUGAUCGAGUGAGAUGGGUUCUCUUUCGCAUGUUUUCUCGAAAAUGGACCGGACCGGUUUGGUUAGGUGGUUUGGUUGGGUUUGGUUAGGUUGUCCUUCACACCAAGCUAGGUUUUUUAUAGGUUUUUUUCACUUGAACAACUGGAACUCGGGGUUCUCCUUCUGUCUGGUACGAGGCAUCCCCAUUUGGGAUUAAACUGCUGGUUUGUCCACUCCUAUUGAGUCCAUCCCAUCAUUUGCUUUUGGAUCACAUUUGGGCAUCUCUGAAACUAUUUGAAACUAGCAUCACCACCUCUAGACUUUAGACCUUUAGAUUUUAGAUACACUAUGAUACACUGUUUGGGGUCUCUUGCCGGGCUAAUUCUUUUUGGCACGCCCCAGGCCUCCGGUUCUUGCAGUCACACCCCAGGCCUCACGCCUGCCGAUGCCUGCGCCUGCCCCAGGCCACUCGAAGUCGUGCCGAGCAGCCAAGUUCCUG